CGCGAAACAAAAACAACACCAAUUAAUCUGCCAGCGACAAAGAACCGCCAACGACCUGGGGGAGGAAGGAGCGCAAAACUCCGAGGGAAGCCUCGAGAUUUACUAACCCAGAGCAGCAGCAGCACCAGCAACAGAUUGUACUUUUUUUCUUGUAUUUUUUCCUGUUCAUCCGACUUUCGGUCGCACGUUAUUCCCCAGUUCGCCAGACCGAUCAUCUUUUAGCCAGGCAACCGCUUUCCGACUUCUUUUUUUUUUCUUCGUCGAACCCUGAACAUCCCGGCACACAACCAUGUCAUCCACCACCGUCUCCAAGGGCUUUUCCAGCCUAACGCCGGUCGGCACGCCCAAGAAGCAGACCCCGAGCCCGGCGGUCGACAGCCCUGGCAAUUGGACCCAUCCGCGCCUGGCCGAGAUCACAAAGCGCCAGAAGCGCACUACCUUCACCGACAAGAACGCCCGCAUAAUCGCCUACAAUGUCGCGGCGCUGGUUAUUGUCCACCUCUUCAAGACGAACGCGACGGUGCAGAAGUACGAGCGGAGCUUUCCCGAAUCCACAAGAUCCCUGAUAUGGUGGGCCAACCUGGGCCUGCAGGUCAUUCCGCUCGUCAACAUCCUCAUCGCCCUCCUCCCAGUCUUCCGCAAGAAGGACGACCUCUCCGACAUACCCCUGACAACGACGCAGCGCAAGCUCCUCGGCCUGCCGCCCUCAUCCGCGCCCGCGACGCCCGGCUCCGUCUUUAGCACCCCUCCACGCUACACGCGCACGCCCUCCCUCUCGGGCUCCGUCGGCAGCAGCAAGAGCAUCAGCGGCUCUCCGCUCUCCGGCAGCCCGUCCGCCGCAGCAGCCGCCAACAACAAGCGCCUAAACGGCUCCCCCUUCUCUCCCGUCGGCGCCGGCAGCCCGCUCUUCCAAAAGAUGCACGGCAGGAGAUCGUCUCUGAGCGGCAGCGGCGGUAUCUCAAGUGCGCUGCUUAGUCCCGGCGCGUCGAACGGGUCGAACCUGUUUGGGCAGUCGACGGCCUCGGGAACUGCCACACCAAGCCCGUCGGGGAAGCGGACGUCGGUGGGCCUCAACAGCAAAUUCCUGUACGAGAAGGGACGCAGGAGCUCGGGUGCUGCAGGGUGGCUGCAGUAAAGGCCCUGGUUUUUCUUGGGGGCGGCAGGGCGGCUUAGUGGACGGGCCAAAAAGGGUCUGGAAUUUUUGUCUUCGUCUUGAUACAAAACAAAACUUGGCCUGAAAUGAGCAUUCCUGCAUCACAUUUUGCGUAGGGUAUCUAUUGUAGCGUAGGGCGGUUGGUUCUUUCGUUUUCUUACAAUAAUGAGGAUGCCGGGACGAGGUUAGGAGUUUUUAAAACAACAAGUAAUGAAA